CCAGUAAUCCCUGAAAUGUCAAAGAGCCAGAGCCGGAAGCUAAGUUUGAAGGACUUUACCAAGCUCCACGGCCACGUCGGAACAUUUCCACCACCAUCACUCCUUUGGAAACUGAUUGCCUUGUUCCCUCAAGGGCACGUGAUGUCUCUCCCGUUUUAUCAGAAAUUCCACCAGCACUAUGAUCGCAGCUACCGCAACAAGGACCUUCGCACCACCAUGAGCCAGUACCACCAGGAGAAGAAGAGGUCUGCCAUCUACACUCAUGGCUCCACGGCCUACAGCAGCCGCUCCUCUGCCGCCCACCGCCAGGAAUCCGAAGCCUUUAGCCGGGCGACCAGCGCCUCCUACCAGCAGCAGGCCUCCCUGGCCACUCAGUCCGCCCUUGCAACUGCAGUCAGCCGGAAGGCGGCCUCAGCCUAUGAUUAUGGCUACUCCCACGGACUUACAGAUUCCAGUCUGAUGUUAGAAGACUAUUCAUCUGGGUUGAGCCCCCAAACAAAGAGAGCCAGGAAGAGCCUUCUCUCUGGGGAAGAGAAGGAAAAUCUGCCAAGUGACUAUAUGGUGCCCAUUUUCUCAGGACGCCAAAAGCAUGUCAGUGGAAUUACAGACACGGAAGAAGAAAGAAUUAAAGAAGCUGCUGCUUAUAUAGCCCAGAGGAAUCUUCUUGCUAGUGAAGAAGGCAUCAUAGCAUCCAAACAGGCCACAGUCUCCAAACAGGCCACAGCAUCCAAACAAGCCACAGUCUCCAAACAGGCCACAGCAUCCAAACAGGCCACAGUCUCCAAACAGGCCACAGCAUCCAAACAGGCCACAGCAUCCAAACAGGCCACAGUCUCCAAACAGGCCACAGUCUCCAAACAAUCCACGUCCACUCUCCACCAGGAGGAGGUUUUGGAGAAGAAGUCAAGGAAGGUUGCAAUUCGAGAAAAGGCAGAACAGCUGUCGCUAAGAAAAACAUUAGAAGAAACAGAGGCAUUUCAUAAAAAGUUAAAUGAAGAUAAUCUUCUUCAUGCUCCUGACUUUGUUAUUAAACCUCGUUCCCACACUGUUUGGGAGAAAGAAAAUGUAAUAUUACACUGCUCUGUAUCCGGCUGGCCAGAACCUCGUGUCACAUGGUAUAAAAACCAGGUGCCAAUAAACGUCCAUGCAAACCCUGGAAAGUAUGUUAUUGAAAGUCGAUAUGGAAUGCACACUCUGGAGAUUAACGCAUGUGACUUUGAAGACACCGCUCAGUACCGGGCCUCGGCAAUGAAUGCUAAAGGAGAGUUUUCAGCAUAUGCUUCGGUUGUGGUAAAGAGAUAUAAGGGAGAGUUGGAUGAGACUGGCUUCCAUGCCAGGGUUUCCACCAUGCCCCCCAGCUUUGCUGUGACUCCUUAUGGUUAUGCGUCCAAGUUUGAGAUCCACUUUGAUGAAAAGUUCGAUGUGUCUUUUGGGAGAGAGGGCGAGACGAUGAGUCUAGGCUGUCGUGUAGUUAUCACUCCUGAAAUUAAACAUUUUCAGCCAGAGAUCCAGUGGUACAGAAAUGGGGAACUUGUUUCUCCUUCCAAAUGGGUGCAAACACAUUGGAGUGGAGAUCGGGCAACUCUGACAUUUUCUCAUCUCAACAAAGAAGAUGAAGGCCUCUACACAAUCCAUGCACGAAUGGGAGACUAUUAUGAACAAUAUAGCGCUUACGUCUUUGUUCGAGAUGCUGAUGCAGAGAUUGAAGGAGCCCCAGCCUCUCCUUUGGAUGUGGUUUGCUUAGAGGCCAACAAAGAUUAUAUCAUCAUCUCUUGGAAACAGCCAGCUGUGGAUGGAGGGAGUCCUAUUCUGGGAUAUUUUAUUGAUAAAUGUGAGGUGGGCACAGAUAGCUGGUCUCAAUGCAAUGACACACCUGUGAAGUUUGCACGUUUUCCAGUCACUGGAUUGAUAGAAGGUCGUUCCUAUAUAUUCCGAGUUAGAGCUGUGAAUAAAACUGGAAUAGGUCUACCAUCUCGUGUUUCUGAGCCUGUAGCUGCUCUGGAUCCAGCUGAGAAAGCUAGACUUAAAAGCCGCCCUUCAGCACCCUGGACUGGACAGAUCAUUGUCACUGAAGAGGAACCUACAGAGGGUAUUAUUCCUGGGCCCCCCACAGACCUCUCUGUCACUGAGGCCACCCGAAGCUAUGUGGUGUUAAGCUGGAAACCCCCUCGCCAGCGUGGCCAUGAGGGCAUUCUGUACUUUGUGGAAAAGUGUGACGCAGAAACAGAAAACUGGCAGCGGGUGAACACAGAGCUCCCUGUGAAGUCGCCCCGCUUUGCUCUGUUCGACUUGGCCGAGGGGAAAUCCUACCGUUUCCGCGUCCGCUGUUCUAAUUCAGCAGGAGUUGGUGAGCCCUCAGAGGCAACGGAUGUGACCGUGGUAGGGGACAAACUUGAUAUCCCUAAGGCCCCAGGCAAUGUCAUCCCAAGCAGAAAUACAGAUACAUCAGUGGUAGUUACAUGGGAGGAAUCCAAAGAUGCUAAAGAGCUGGUCGGGUACUACAUAGAGUCAAGCGUUGUUGGUUCCGGCAAGUGGGAGCCCUGCAACAACAACCCCGUGAAGGGCUCACGAUUUACUUGUCAUGGAUUGACUACUGGUCAGAGUUAUAUUUUUCGGGUCAGAGCAGUUAAUGCAGCUGGACUUAGUGAAUAUUCACAGAAUUCGGAAGCGAUUGAAGUAAAAGCUGCUAUUGCGGCACCAUCUCCACCCUGUGAUAUCACUUGUCUUGAAAGUUUUCAUGACUCAAUGGUUCUUGGAUGGAAGCAACCAGAUAAGACCGGUGGGGCUGAAAUUACUGGCUAUUAUGUGAACUAUCGUGAGGUAAUUGACGGGGUACCAGGAAGAUGGAGAGAAGCCAACAUCAAAGCUGUCAGUGAUGAGGCAUAUAAGAUUAGCAACUUGAAGGAAAAUAUGGUGUAUCAGUUCCAAGUGGCAGCCAUGAACAUCGCUGGGUUGGGAGUGCCGUCAGCAGUAAGCGAAUGCUUCAAAUGUGAAGAGUGGACCAUUGCUGUUCCAGGACCACCACACAGUCUCAAGUAUAGUGAAGUCAGGAAAACCUCCCUGGUUCUGCAGUGGAAGCCUCCAAUCCACUCUGGACGGACUCCCGUCACUGGUUACUUUGUGGAUAUGAAGGAGGCCAGUGCCAAAGAGGACCAAUGGCGCGGACUCAAUGAGGCGGCUAUUAAAAACAAUUACCUGAGGGUGCAAGGCCUCAAAGAGGGUGAAAGCUACGUGUUCCGUGUUCGAGCCAUAAACCUGACUGGAGUCGGGAAGCCGUCUGACCUUGCUGGGCCUGUUGUGGCAGAAACUCGUCCAGGAACCAAGGAGGUCGUUGUAAGCGUGGAUGAUGAUGGAAUCAUUUCCCUGAACUUCGAAUGUGAUCAGAUGGCUCCAAAUUCUGAGUUCACCUGGUCCAAAGAUUAUGUAUCCACUGAAGACUCCCCACGAUUAGAAGUUGAAAGCAAAGGCAACAAGACGAAAAUGACCUUCAAAGACCUUGGGACGGAAGACUUGGGCAUUUACUCCUGCGAUGUAACAAACACUGAUGGAAUAGCGUCAAGCUACUUGAUAGAUGAGGAAGAGUUGAAACGUUUACUUGCUCUCAGCCAAGAACACAAGUUCCCAACUGUCCCAGUUAAAUCAGAGUUGGCAGUUGAAAUUUUGGAGAAAGGCCAGGUCCGGUUUUGGAUGCAGGCUGAGAAGCUAUCUGGCAACGCCAAAGUCAACUACAUAUUUAGUGACAAGGAAAUUUUUGAAGGGCCGAAAUAUAAGAUGCAUAUUGACCGAAACACUGGUAUAAUUGAAAUGUUCAUGGAAAAGCUACAGGAUGAGGAUGAGGGAACAUAUACUUUCCAGCUUCAAGACGGAAGAGCAACUGGCCAUUCUACUCUUGUUCUCAUUGGAGAUGUUUAUAAGAAGCUCCAGAAAGAAGCUGAAUUCCAGAGGCAAGAAUGGAUCAGGAAACAAGGUCCACAUUUUGCUGAGUAUUUGAGCUGGGAAGUGACUGGUGAAUGUAAUGUACUAUUGAAAUGCAAGGUGGCAAAUAUUAAGAAGGAGACUCAUAUUGUAUGGUACAAAGAUGAGAGGGAGAUAUCAGUGGAUGAAAAGCAUGACUUUAAGGAUGGCAUAUGUACCCUGCUUAUAACAGAGUUUUCCAAGAAAGAUGCUGGGAUUUAUGAAGUUAUCCUGAAAGACGACAGAGGAAAAGAUAAGAGCAGAUUGAAGCUUGUGGAUGAAGCCUUUAAAGACCUGAUGAGUGAAGUAUGUAAAAUGAUAGCUUUGUCUGCUACAGACCUGAAGAUCCAGAGCACAGCUGAAGGCAUCCGGCUGUACUCUUUUGUUACUUACUACCUGGAAGAUCUGAAAGUUAACUGGUCCCACAACGGGACUGCUAUUAAGUACUCAGACAGAGUGAAGACUGGGGUCACCGGGGAGCAGAUCUGGCUGCAAAUCAAUGAGCCCACUCCAAAUGACAAAGGGAAAUAUGUAAUGGAGCUCUUUGAUGGCAAAACUGGACACCAGAAGACAGUGGAUCUUUCUGGACAAGCAUAUGACGAAGCCUUUGCUGAGUUCCAGAGAUUAAAACAAGCUGCCAUUGCCGAGAAAAAUCGCGCCCGGGUGGUGGGCGGUCUCCCUGAUGUGGUCACCAUCCAGGAGGGCAAGGCGCUUAAUCUCACUUGCAUCGUGUGGGGCGACCCGACUCCGGAGGUCUCCUGGUUGAAGAACGAGAGGCCCCUGGCCUCAGAUGACCACUGCAACCUCAAGUUCGAGGCCGGCAAGACCGCCUACUUCACCAUCAGCGGGGUGAGCACCGCAGACUCCGGCAAAUAUGGGCUGGUUGUGAAGAACAAGUACGGCUCAGAGAUAAGUGACUUCACUGUCAGCGUGUUCAUCCCGGAGGAGGAGGCGAGGAUCGCCACCGCGGAGGCUCAGAAAGGCAGCAAGUCCAAGUGAGCGGAGAGCGCCGGGGGGCGUGCGAGGAGAGCUGCACGGAGCUGCCUCGUGCUGCGUGUGUGCAAAUGGUUUGGGUUACGUGUGAGGGAGUCAUCAUGCUUUCUGCUCCCCAUUUUUGUGCUGGCUUCGGGGGGAAAUUGUCAAAUCUUUUAUUCACAUGAAAAAGCACCUAGUAACAACAUUUUAAUAGUUUUUAUUUAUCUACAAAUUAUGUGUUAAGAAAAUACCACUGGUCAAACAAACAUUAAGAAACAAUUUUAAGGAAAAGGCCAGAAUAAAGUUAGAGGGAUGUUGAGUAACGGUCAGAGAGCAGACGAAUAUGAUGUGGAGCAGAGUUUGGAUGUGGCUGGACUUUUGCUGGUAAAUCCUCAUGGAUUGCGCUUAUACUUCAGCAUCCUGUACAGAGGGAGACAAGUGGAGCCAACCAGUAUGUUCCGUGUGAUGUUACGAUAGUGAUGUGUGUUCUGUUGGCGGUCUUGCGAUUUGGAACCUCCUCGGUAUUAAUAAACGGUCCUCACACCUUUCCCCCUCGC